ACAUACUUCACUCUUGGCACACAUAUGUAGUCUGCAUUUCUAAUUGAUGUCUUAUUAAUAUUUUACUCUAUCACCUGCCAAUCAUCCAACUGCCAUCGAUCAACUACCGAGAACUGUGCAUCCGUGUAUAAUCUAUCUAAAUUCCGUGCAAGCCCUUCUAGAUUGUAGAAAUUGGCGAUCGCGGUCGAGAAAAAGUACAAGUAUAUUCACACCUUAGGGGUUAACUUCCUAUUCCCGAUGUCGUCAAGCGCACCGAGUUGGCCCGGUGUACGUCCCGUUAAGACAUGCACGGAAUGCAAACAGUCGAAGCUUCGGUGCGAUUCAAAGGACAUGUUCCCAAAUCCUUGUUCUAGGUGUCAGGCAAGAAAACUGACUUGUACGGUUGACCCGUCUUUUCGGAGGACACCGGCUCGAAAGCGUCUUGAAGCCAUGUCAAGGGAGCUGCGAGAACUUCGUGAUCAAAGAAUAUCGAAUUCUCGUGCAGGCUCCACUACGAGCCCGGACCCAGAAUCUACUCGUUCGCAAGACUCGUCUUGUAAUACAUCGCAGCCAUCCGCUGCUAUUCUACUAGAAGAUUUCGAGCUAUUGGGAUUGGAAACCUUUGAGCUUGGUGGUGUCACGAUAGAUAAGCAAUCCGUGGUUGAGAUGUUCAAGCUAUUCACCACACUCUUUCAUCCACAUCUUCCAAUAUUAGGACCAAUAUCACUUAAGAAUAUUCACCAUUCCCAUUCCUUCCUCUUCUGGACGAUCAUAAUCAUUGUUGCGCUACGUGCGCCUUUGCCAACAGACGAAAAUCUAUUCAACAGACUCCAUGACCCGUAUAUGGUAAUGCUUAGCACUGAGAUUCUACAAGCACCGAUGCCGCUAAGCAAGAUUCAAGCCAUCUUGUUCCUUUGCGUAUGGCCGAUGCCCGUAUUACAUCAAAGGGAUGACCCAAGUUGGCUCUAUUGUGGGAUCGCCGUGAACGCUGCUCUUUAUAUGAGCCUUCAUCGAUCGACUCCAAAAUCAGGUAUUACUCCUUCAUUGUAUAGUGUCGGCGUUAUAUCUGGUAGCCCUCGCGAGAGAACAAACACGUGGCUUGGCUGCUUCUACGUCAGCACCUCUCUCAGCAUGCACCUCGGUCUCCCACCGAUGAUCAAUACUCCAUCUGACCUCGCAUCGGUUCGUGCGAUUCUCGGUGAACAUGGCAUACCAAAAGAAUUUGCUCUCCAGAUUCGGAUACUCCUUAUCAUGGCAGGUUUCGGCAAUGUCCUUGCACAUAACUCAAAUGAUGGCGUAGUUGACUCCUCGGUCACUCAGCUUCUUGAUGGUGAACUCGACACCCUUAGGAUUACAUAUCCUGAGGGAUGGUCAAGCACGACUGACUAUGCGGUUAUGGUCGUCAAAAUGCACGUUUAUACCCUGGUAAUAACACGGUCCAGAUCCGGUGCUAGUUCUAAGGACAUACUACUUAAGCUGGGCCUAGCGGCCUCCCUUCGAAUUAUCCACCUGGCAAAUUUGAGAUUUCACGAAAGGCCGGAUAAGUCCCAAACCAUGUCUACGGUAGAGCGCGAAAGGACUUUGCCAAAGGAUUACUUCAGGGCACUUGCUUUUGCGACAAUAUUCCUGCUCAGAUACUUCGGUCUGAACAAUGGUAAUAGUAGUGCGGAGGAACAACAGCUAGCGGCGAACCAUGUGAUCAUGUCGCAUACUAUUUUUAAAACUAUAACGAAGCACGCUCGAGAUGAAUACGACAGAGUUGCAAGUCUCUUUGAAACGCUUUGCAAGCAAGCACCUGCUCCCCCAGAUGCGGGCAAAUCCAGUGUCACUGGUCGAAUGGGGGUAUCUAUCUUACUGGACGCGAUCAACGCUGCUCGGGAAAUACGAGGGUUUCCCAUUGAAAUGCCAGAACCGGAGGCUCCAAAUAUAGCUGAAAGCUUAGUAGGGCCUAGUACUAUCCCGCACGCGGACGUUUUCGACGCCACCUCUCAAUUAGUAGAGCCGUGGCAGUCAGAUCUCGCAUUUGCGAACAUGUUUUGGGGAGACCCUACAUGGGAUGUCUACAACAUGUCCACAGAUACUCCCCAGUACCACCCAGGCCCAGGGUUAUAAUUAUGUAUUAUUGUAUAUAGAGAACAUAAAUCACGAGCACAUAGACGAGACAACCAUCGGUCAUCUGCAUCAAUUUUUAGGACACCCCCUUUUUCAGCGGGGUGGGGUGGGGGUGGUGCAGGGUACAGGGUGCACCCCACUAAAUACC